AUGCGGCCCAUGGCUCUGGUGAUUGUGAUCCUGUCUGUGUUGGUCAUGCUGGAAGUCCAGCCCCGUGGUCCCCUCCACGGAGUACCCCGCCACGCCGGCCUGAGGAGCCCAGUUUCCCACUGGUGCCGACGGCCGCACGGGAACGGGCCAGAGCCAAACCGCAGCCCCUCCUCGCAUGGCAAGACACACAAAUGUAAUCAGAUCUUCCAUAGGGACAGUUUUGGAACUAUGUCGGGAAGAUUUGUUGGAUUUGCUCUUUUAUUUGGAUUUCUACAAAUUUCUUCAGGAUCCCGUCUACGCCAAGAGGACUACCCUCCCCGUAUCGUGGAGCACCCCUCCGACCUGAUCGUGUCCAAGGGUGAGCCCGCAACCCUCAACUGCAAAGCGGAGGGUCGGCCGACGCCCACCGUGGAGUGGUACAAGGACGGCGAGCGGGUAGAAACGGAUCGGGACAACCCGCGUUCCCAUCGGAUGCUCCUGCCCAGCGGCUCCCUCUUCUUCCUGCGCAUCGUCCACGGACGGCGGAGCAAACCUGACGAAGGCUCCUACGUCUGCGUGGCCCGGAACUACCUGGGAGAGGCAGUCAGUCAUAACGCCUCGCUGGAAGUAGCCAUCCUGCGCGAUGAUUUUCGGCAGAAUCCUGCUGACGUCGUGGUUGCGGCAGGCGAGCCGGCCGUUAUGGAAUGCCAGCCCCCCCGAGGGCACCCCGAGCCCACCAUCUCAUGGAAAAAAGAUGGCAUGAACAUCGAUGACAGGGACGAACGAAUCACGAUACGAGGAGGGAAGCUGAUGAUUACAAACACACGGAAGAGCGAUGCGGGGAAGUACGUGUGUGUGGGGACCAACAUGAUGGGCGAACGGGAGAGUGAGACAGCAGAACUGACUGUACUGGAGCGGCCAAGCUUUGUGAGAAGGCCCAGCAGUCAGUCCGUGCUGGUGGAUCAGAGUGUAGAGUUCAGAUGUGAGGCACAGGGUGAUCCUGUUCCCACCGUGCGCUGGAAGAAGGAGGACGGAGAACUGCCUAAGGGCAGGUUUGAGAUUAAGGAGGACCACACUCUGAAGCUGCGACGUUUGACAUCAGCAGAUGCAGGCUCAUACACCUGUAUGGUGGAGAACAUGAUGGGGAAGGCGGAAGCCUCUGCUACGCUCACCAUCCACGUUGUGUCUGUGCCUCCAGUGUUUGUGGUGCGACCGCGGAACCAGGUGGUGGGUGUGGGCCGAACCGUCACGUUUCAGUGUGAGGCCACUGGGAGUCCACAGCCUGCUAUCUUCUGGCAGAGAGAGGGCAGCCAGAACUUACUCUUCUCCUCCCAGCCUCCGCAGCCGUUCAGUCGUUUUUCUGUCUCGCAGUCGGGGGACCUGACCAUCACUGACGCCGAACGCUCAGACAUGGGUUAUUACAGCUGCCAGGCACUCAAUAUCGCAGGCAGCGUCAUCACCAAAGCCCUGUUGGACGUUACCGACGUCAUAUCAGACAGACCCCCGCCCGUGGUGCGACAGGGUCCCACCAACCAGACGGUGCCAGUGGACGGGACGGCGGUCCUGGGUUGCCAAGCGGUGGGUAACCCCAGUCCCACCAUCUUCUGGAGGAAGGACGGCGUGCUGGUGUCCACCCACGACUCUCGCAUCAAGCAGCUGGAUUCAGGGGCUCUGCAGAUCCGAUACGCGAAGCAAAGUGACACGGGCAUGUAUACAUGCAUAGCCUCAACUCCCAGUGGUGAGGCGUCAUGGAAAGCUUAUCUGGAGGUUCAAGAAUUUGGAUCACCAGCUCAGCCUGCCAGGCCAACAGACCCUAAUCUAAUACCCAGUGCUCCAUCUAAGCCAGAGGUCACAGAGGUCAGUCGCACCUCUGUCACCUUGACAUGGAAGCCUAAUCUGAACUCAGGUGCCACGCCCACCUCCUACAUCAUUGAGGGUUUCAGCCACGCGUCUGGCAGUAGUUGGCAGACCCUGGCCGAGCAUGUGAAGAUGGAGACGUUUGUGUUGAAGGGACUCAAACCCAGUGCAGUUUACUUAUUUCUGGUGCGAGCUGCCAACGCAUACGGCCUGAGUGACCCAAGCCCCAUCAGUGACGCAGUCAAGACACAGGAUAUCCCUCCCACUAGCCAGGGCGUGGAGCAUGGGCAGAUACAGAGAGAGCUUGGAGAUGUGGUCAUCCACUUGCACAACCCUACGAUCCUUUCCUCCUCCUCUGUCCGAGUACAGUGGACUGUGGAGCAGCAGUCCCAGUAUAUUCAGGGCUAUAAAGUUAUGUAUCGCAUUUCUGAGGAGGGAGGCCAACAGCGUGGCGACUGGGCCGUGUUUGAUCUGCAGAGUCCCACAGAGUACAGCACAGUCAUCACCCAGCUCAGGAAGGGGGUUAUGUACGAUUUUAAAGUGAGACCCUUCUUCAACGAGUUUCAGGGGACUGACAGCGAUAUCAAAGUGGCCAAAACACUCGAAGAGGCCCCCAGCGCCGCUCCUCGAGGCGUCACGGUGACAGAGAGUGGGGACAAUGGGACUGCCGUCGUGGUCUCCUGGCAACCGCCACCAGAGGAAGAACAGAACGGGAUAGUUCAGGAGUACAAGAUUUGGUGUCUUGGAAAUGAAAGUAAGUACCACAUCAAUCGCACCGUGGACGGUUCCACGUUCUCAGUUCUCAUUCCGAGUCUGUUGCCGGGAAUACGGUACAGUGUGGAGGUUGCCGCGGGUACAGGAGCCGGCCUUGGUGUGAAGAGCGAAAUCACUUACUUUCAGCUGGACUCCUCGGGCCGCAUGACGCAGAGCGUGACGGAUGUGGACGACACGCUGUCUCAGCAGAUCUCUGACGUGGUGAAGCAGCCGGCCUUCAUCGCCGGCAUCGGCGCCGCCUGCUGGAUCAUUCUCAUGGUCUUCAGCGUUUGGCUCUACCGUCACCGCAAGAAGAGGAACAGCUUAAGCAGCAGUUACGCCGGAAUCCGCAAAGUACCAUCAUUUACCUUCACUCCUACAGUGUCCUAUCAGAGAGGAACAGAGGCAGUGAGUAAUGCAGGAAGGCCUGGUCUGUUGAAUAUGGGAGAGCCAGCGACACAGCCCUGGUUGGCCGACACUUGGCCCAAUACAUGCUCCAACCAAAAUGACUGUAGCAUCAACUGCUGCGCGGCUGGCAAUGGCAACAGCGACAGUAACCUGGCAACAUACAGUCGCCCCGCGGACUGCAUUGCCAAUUACAAUAACCAGCUGGACAACAAACAGACCAACCUGAUGGUGCCUGAGACAGGGCUGUACGGUGAUGUGGACCUGUCAAACAAGAUCAACGAGAUGAAGACUUUCAAUAGCCCAAACCUAAAAGACGGACGCUUCGUGGGCCCAGGCGGCCAGCCCACCCCGUACGCCACCACCCAGCUCAUCCAGUCUAGCAUCAUGAGCAACAGUGUCACCGGCGGCAGCGGAAGCGGCGGUGGGAGUGGGGGGAGUGGAGGCGGGGAAAUAAAUGAGAAGCACUGCUGGAAAGCCAGUCAAGUCCAGCAACAACAGGAAGUGACCUCACAGCAUCAAUACAGCAUCAUGGAACAGAACAAACUGAACAAGGACCAUUACAGAGGUGGAGACAGCCCCAUGCCUGCAACCAUCCCCUACAACCAGGGUCAGGAUCCCACCACAGGAGGCUCCUACAACAGCUCUGACCGUGGCAGCAGCAGCACCUCUGGGAGCCAAGGUCAGAAAAAGGGUGGCCGAACCCCUAAGGCGCCUAAACAGAGCAACAUGAACUGGGCAGACCUCCUGCCCCCUCCCCCUGUGAAUCCACCCCCAUGUCAGGAAUACCCUCUCUCCAUGGAUGACAGUUAUGAUGCAGAUAUACAGUGUCCCCUCCCGCCCUCUCGAAUGUACCUCCAGCCCGACGAGCUGGAGGAGGAGGAGGAGGAGGUGGAGAGGGGUCCCACUCCCCCUGUCCGUGGGGCCGCCUCCUCUCCCGCUGCCGUCUCCUAUAGUCACCAGUCCACAGCUACACUCACACCAUCACCACAGGAGGAGAUGCAGCCCAUGCUCCAGGACAACCCAGACAGCACGGGCCCCGCCCCUCACAGCCGCAGACGGCAUUUGAUAAGCCCCCCUCCCCCACCGAGACCUCUCUCCCCGACUCACACAUACGGAUACAUCUCCAGCCCCCUGGCCCUGGACACAGACGGCAUGGAGGAAGAGGAGGAGGAUGACAUGGGUGACGACACGGACGCAGAGGUGGCCAAGGUCCACCGCCAGCACCAUCACCAGCACCCCCACCACCAACAGCAGCUGCUGCCCCAGCGAAGGCUCCUCCUGCGGGGGCUGGAGCAGACGCCGGCCUCCAGCAUGGGCGACCUGGAGAGCUCUGUCACCGGAUCCAUGAUCAAUGGCUGGGGCUCGGCGUCCGAGGAGGACAACGCCUCCUCUGGCCGAUCCAGCGCCGUCAGCUCCUCCGACGGCUCCUUCUUCACCGACGCCGACUUUGCCCAGGCUGUGGCCGCCGCGGCCGAAUACGCAGGACUCAAAGUGGCCAAGCAAGCAGGGCAAAGUCACCAACCCACCCUGCCAGGGGCACGCAAAUACCAAAUACCCCCAUCAGGCCACCGUCCAGGCAGCCCCAUGUCCACGGACAGUAACAUGAGUUCAGCCGUCGUGCAGAAGAGACCCCCCAAGAAACAGAAACAGUCCCCUGCUGGCCGCAGAGAAGGAUACUUUGAAGACUUGCCCCCACCGCCCAUUCCCCCGCCGGCCGCGCUCAAGUCCCCCACACACCCAUCUAAGGCCAUGCCCCCCAGGGCAGGAUCGGCAGAAGGCAGGGACAAGAGGACGGCCCCCACAGGCUACAGGUCCCGGGAGGGCUCGGACCACCGCACCAGCUCAUCAGAGCGACGGGAGCACCAGGAGAAACAGAAGGCCCAGAGAGGGGCCAAAACCAACAAACAGGAGGGUAGCACCAGCGCAAAGGCCCGCCAGCAUCCAGGUUCAGAGGAUAUUCUACCCUAUAGCCGUCCCUCUUUUCCCACUAUCCACAGUCCGCGGGCAGAGCGGGAGCCCAGCUCGUCCAGUUCUCUGUCAUCCCGGGGCUCAGGGGGGCGCAGGAGAGGAGAGGGAGUGGCCGCAGUCGUCAGGAACCCCGCUGACCUCGGCCUAAACACCAUAGGAGCCUUCCAGCCGGAGGAAGAUGGAAUGGAGGUACGCCUCCUUCAGGAGAACUUCCACUAA